AAAAUAAUAAAAAAGUAAUUACAAAUGAGAUCAAAAUAGUACAGCCGUUGGAUUUUUAGUACGCUAUUUCGCGGACUGCCCAGACAAAGAAAAUAUUUGAAAGCAGACCAUCAGAGCAGGUGGAACUUGGUUGGGAGCAACAAGCCAACAACCCUACAAGCUCAGUGCUCAGAUAAUAAUACCUUAACACGUGUUAACUCUAACGUGCUUAAUUUUACAUGAGAGCGUUCUCAUUGACCUUCAGUCUUGACUCUUGAGUCUGGAGAGAGAGAGUGAGUGACCACGUCUCAAGUCUCAAGCUGUCAAGCAUUAGUGGGACCAACUCAAUAGCAGCGAUCCCAUCAUAUUUCUAUACCUCAUGUAUAUACUAUUAUUCAGUAUUCUGUAUUCGUAUUCUCCCGUACUACUAGUUGGUACUAUCAAAAUUCUCCUCUUCCAGACUUCCAAGUUCUGAAGUUCCAUCCCCCUCCGCCCUCCGGCCUCCCCCUGUGUUUUGUUUAGACUUUUUUUGAGGAUUUCUCGCUAUCUCUCUCUCUCUCUCUCUCUUGAUGAUGGAGUAUAUAGUAAAUCGGAUGGUCGACAAUCGAGACGGCUCAACUAAUUUGCAAGUGGGCCAUAGAGCAUUUAUCCAUCAGUAAGGUAGUUAGGCCCGUAUAUAUAUAUACCAUGUUUGCYGCUGUACCAGAUCCGUCCAUCCCAUGCUCACAUGACCCACGCCUCUUUGGAAUUCAUUUUGUUCGCCAAGGGUAUAUUCGUCUCUCACAACGCGCUUCAAUCCGGGCGUCUUCGUUUGAAGACCGAUGACUGACUCGAAGAGGAGGAGAGGAUCGGUGACGAUAAAAGCAAGCAACCAAGAACCUUCCUCUCCUCUUUCUCCUUYAAUAAAAUGACACCCCCUUCCUCCCACACUCCUACGCUCCCCAACGAAACCUCUUUCGCUCUCUCACACACACAGACACAAAUACGCAGUUUCUCUCUCUCUCUCUCUCCCUUCUUCUUCUCAGAGCCCCCAAACCACACAAGUUCAGUGUCCAUAACCAUAAGCAACCUUGAAGAAAUUAAUGGGUAGCACACAUCAGGAGCAGGUCUCCAUGGAUAAUGGGUCUGGGUCUCGAACCUAUGUGCAUAAGAACUACGCCCUUAGCGGGAAGAUAAUGCUGAGCGCAAUUGUCAUACUGUUCGCCGUCGUACUGUUGAUCGUCUGCCUCCAUAUCUACGCCCGUUGGUUACUCAUAAGGUCCCGUAGGCGCCACAACAUCCGCCGCAGCCGACACCGGACCCACAUAGUCUUCACCACCUCCGACCCCGUCGCUUCCGCUUACACCGUUUCUCGGGGUCUUGACGCAUCGGUUCUGAAAGCUCUCCCCAUCUUCGUCUAUUCCUCCGACACACACAAGGAAGUACUGGAAUGCGCCGUGUGCCUAUCCGAGUUCGAGGAGAACGAGAAGGGUCGUCUCCUCCCAAGAUGCAAGCACAGCUUCCAUAUCGAUUGCAUAGAUAUGUGGUUCCACUCUCACUCUACUUGCCCACUUUGCCGAGCUGAAACAAGUUGCACCUGCAUGUCUUCUUCUUCUUCUUCGCCUCUUCCUCUUCCUCCUUCAGCACCGGCGGAAUCAACGUCUUUAGGGUCCCGAAGGAAGCCAUUGGAGCUGGCGGGUGUUUCAAUUGAGGUGCCUAGAAGGAACAACGAAGGAUUCAGAGGUGUGGAUGAGGAGGUAGGCUUGGGAUCGCCAGCAAGCCAGGGGUUCAAGUCACCGGGAAGUCGGAUUCUAUCGUUAAAGAGGAUAUUGAGCAGAGAUCGAAGAGCUGGAUUUUCUUCUCCUUCUGCGGCAUCGAUGCCGAAUUGCAGCUCUACCACACAGACCAUUGAUCUCGAAAGAGGUGGCGAAGGCGAAGAACAACAAGUCGACGCGCAACGUCCACGGUGAGACCGACUGAGGAAGGAAGCUACGAGCCUACGACUCAUCCGUGGGUGAGAGUUGAGAUCCGCCUACCCGGGAAGGAAGCUACGACUCAGCCGAACGUGAACGCGGAACAGCGCGAUUGUCGCUAUCAGAGCCAAUGGCGGUGUAAGAGCUAAAGGAUUCCAAACUUCCGCAACACGUGGCAGACAGAUAAUAGAGACGUCCUUCCAGCCGCCUUCCAUGAACGUCGACGCAAUACACAAACUGUGAAUCUGUGAUUACCAUUACCUGAUGUAAAUUGGAAAUGUAAAUUCAGAGAAUUAUUUUUUAUUCAAUUAAUUACAAGGUUAAUUAUUUUCCCCACUACAAAAAAAAACUAAUUAUUUUCUCUUAGCAAAGUUAUCUUUUUUUUCUCCUUCAAUAAUCACAGCAUUGGUGUGCAGCAAGACCGUGCAAAUUUA